GUGGCGGUGUUAUGGCCUCUUGCUGGAGCACAAAAGGGUCCCUUGCUUGGAGGUCAGCGCAGUUCUUGCUCCUCGUCGUCUCCUGUUGUGGAAACAGUGCUCUUGCAGAACGUUCUGAAAAUGUGCAUAUUUCAGGAGUCUCAACUGCUUGUGGAGAUAUUCCAGAACAAAUUAGGGGCCCAAGUGGGAUAAUCACUAGCCCAGGCUGGCCACUUGAAUAUCCUGCUAGAUUGAACUGUAGCUGGUACAUCCGGGCAAACCAAGGAGAAAUUAUUACGAUAAGUUUCCAGGACUUUGAUGUUCAAGGAUCACGGCGAUGCAGUUCCGAUUCCCUAACAAUAGGGGCCUACAAAAGCAUGGAAAAUUACAGAGUAUGUGGGUCUUCUAUUCCAUCUCCAUAUAUCUCUUCACAGGACCACGUUUGGAUCAGAUUUCAUUCAGAUGAUAGUGUAUCACGGAAAGGCUUCAGAUUGACUUAUUUUGCAGGGAAAUCCAGUGAACCAAGCUGCGACUGUAACCAGUUCCAUUGUGCUAAUGGGAAAUGUAUUCCGGAAUCUUGGAAAUGUAAUGACAUGGAUGAAUGUGGAGACAACUCUGAUGAAGAAAUCUGUGCCAAAGCUAGUCCUCCAACUGCUGCUUCCUUCCAGCCAUGUGCAUACAACCAGUUCCAGUGUUUGUCUCGUUUCAAUGUUUACACUUGCAUUCCAGAAUCUUCAAAAUGUGAUGGAAACCUUGACUGUCUUGACUUGGGAGAUGAAAUAGACUGUGGUGUGCCAAGUUGUGGGCAGUUACUAAAAUAUUUUUAUGGUACUUUCAAUUCUCCUAAUUAUCCAGACUUUUAUCCUCCAGGGAGCAACUGCACUUGGCUGAUAGACACAGGGGAUUACCGCAAAGUUAUUCUGCGUUUCACUGACUUUAAACUUGAUGGUACUGGUUACGGGGACUAUGUCAAAAUAUAUGAUGGGUUAGAAGAGCAUCCACGCAAACUGUUGCGUGUUUUAACUGCUUUUGAUUCUCAUGCACCUCUUACAGUUGUUUCUUCUUCUGGUCAAGUCAGAGUGCAUUUUUGUGCUGACAAAGUGAAUGCGGCAAGAGGAUUUAAUGCUACAUAUCAAGUAGAUGGCUUCUGUCUGCCAUGGGAAAUUCCAUGUGGUGGAAACUGGGGCUGUUACACAGAGCAGCAGCGUUGCGAUGGCUAUUGGCAUUGUCCAAAUGGAAGGGAUGAAACCAACUGCACCAUGUGCCAGAAAGAAGAAUUUCCUUGCUCUCGGAACGGUGCUUGCUAUCCUCGCUCUGACCGCUGCAACUACCAAAAUCAUUGCCCCAAUGGUUCAGAUGAAAAGAAUUGCUUCUUUUGUCAGCCAGGAAAUUUCCACUGCAAAAAUAACCGAUGUGUGUUUGAAAGCUGGGUUUGUGAUUCUCAAGAUGAUUGUGGCGAUGGCAGCGAUGAAGAGAAUUGUCCAGUUAUUGUGCCCACCAGAGUAAUAACUGCUGCUGUCAUUGGGAGUCUUAUUUGUGGGCUGCUCCUUGUCAUUGCCUUGGGGUGCACUUGUAAGCUGUAUUCAUUAAGAAUGUUUGAACGAAGAUCAUUUGAGACACAAUUGUCAAGGGUUGAGGCUGAGUUAUUAAGAAGAGAAGCACCUCCUUCUUACGGACAGUUGAUUGCUCAGGGCUUAAUUCCACCAGUUGAAGAUUUUCCUGUUUGUUCACCAAAUCAGGCAUCGGUUUUAGAAAAUUUAAGACUAGCAGUGCGAUCUCAGCUUGGAUUUUCUUCUAUUAGGCUUCCAAUUGCUGGCCGGUCAAGUAAUAUUUGGAACCGAAUCUUUAAUUUUGCAAGAUCUCGUCACUCAGGAUCCCUGGCAUUGGUUUCAUCAGAUGGAGAUGAUCUUGCCAGCCAGAAUACUAACAGAGAAGCUGAAAGAAAUGGCUCUCACCGAAGCCUCUUUUCAGUGGAGUCUGAUGAUACAGACACAGAAACUGAACGAAGAGAUACGGCAGGUGCUGUUGGUGGUGUUGCUGCUACCUUGCCUCAAAAGGUCCCUCCUGCAACAGCAGUGGAAGCAACUGUAGUCUGCGGAACUUCCUCGGUUCAGAAUACCAGUGGUAGUACAGACAAUGGAAGAGAAGGAACAAGUAUGGAACCUCCAAGUUCCAGUCCAGGACGCCAUCAGUUCUCUAGUGCUCUAAGUCGUAUGACUCAAGGGUUACGUUGGGUACGCUUCACUUUAGGGAGAUCAAGUCCAGUCAAUCAGAACCAAAGUCCUUUGAGACAGCUUGAUAAUGGGGUAGGUGGAGGAAGAGAUGAAGAUGAUGAUGUUGAAAUGCUAAUUCCAGUUUCUGAUGUUGCAUCAGACUUUGAUGUGAAUGACUGUUCAAGACCUCUACUUGAUCUCACUUCAGACCCAGGACAAGGGCUUAGACAGCCUUACAGUGGAACACAUAAUGGAGUACGGUCCUGUAAUCGAGAUGGUCCCUGUGAGCGAUGUGGGAUAGUACACACUGCCCAGAUACCUGACACUUGCUUAGAAGCAACACUGAAAAAUGAAACUAGCGAUGAUGAGGCUUUGCUACUUUGUUAAGUAUUGAUUGAAUGGGUGGGAAUGUAUGCAAGUUGGAGCAAUAUUGGUGAUUGUUUUGUACUUCAUAAUUAAGGAAAAAAACCUAGUUUUUUGUUUCAAAAAGAAUCCAGGGCAAAUCAUGUGACUUAAAAUUUUUAUUGUGCAUGACUGAACGGUUCUUUGUCAUGGGAAAACAAACAUUUUCUGGUGUCUGCAUACAUAAUGUACUUCUGUUGCUGUUUGGUUAUUCUUCAAUGAUUAUCUUCUGAGAGCUUUUCCCACAACUCCUUUUUCUACUAGCAUUCUUAAAGCCUGUGAAAGGAAGCGACUAUAAACAGGAUGUCUUUGUAAUUUGUGAAAUCACUUGAGCAACAGGUGAACUUUAACGUGUGUUUCAGGCUUGCCUGAAGAUUUGCAUUUUAGUAUUGUAGAGGCCUGCCUCUGUAAGCAGUUCCUACCCACAUGUUAAGGAUUAAAGCAGAGUAAGGUAACCUGGGAAGUGGCCCUCAGUUUCAGAUAGUUUAACAUAAUGUUGUAAUUCACAACAGAAACAUGGCUGCUCAAACACUUUUGGCUGUCUGCCAUUCCAGAUUGUCAGGCUCUUUUGUACAGAAUAUUUAUUCCUUUUUGAAAUCCAGUGUACUAUUGCCAAUAUAAUUUUAACUGAAUAUACUAAAUGCUGAUUAUUGCUAAAAGUAUUCUUUUUUUCUCUUGUGGUUUAUAAUAUUUUGUCUAAUUACUGAAUGUCAUCAUGGUGAACUUUUUCAGAGCGAGGAAAGGGUUUCUCCAAUACACACUAUAUAUAUAUAUUUUCUUUUAAAAGUUCAAACAGCAGUUAACUUAGAUAAACUGAUGGCAAAAAAAAAUCUUUUGUAGCUUUUAUAACAUUGACUUUAAUAAGUUGGUCAGUAUGGUACAACCAAAAAAGAUGUAAAAAUUCAAAGUAAUUUUUCAUCUAUCUUUGAAGAUAGAUACCUGAAGCAGUUAAAAAUAUGCAUUUGAUUCUUGUACAUUAUGUGUGUUUUUUAAAAAGCUGAAUUAGGUACGUAUAACUCUAGAAGAUAUGUUCCAACUGCUAAUGGAUCUUCUCCCUAAUAGGGUUUAAAUUUGUUUGGUCUGAAGGGAUUUGCACUAAAACUAUAUUAAGGUCUCUAAAGAGCUUAGUGCACAAGCACUAUCACUUUAAAUACUAGUCUCUAAUACAGCAAUGACUAUAUAAAUAUAUAUAUUAUAAAUAUAAAUAUUUCCAUGGCUAUGUUCUGGGGUUCUUGCUUUCCUUUGUUGUUCGUUGCUGCAAUUGGAUUUGCUUUACUAAUUUCCUAUUUAUUCAUUGUAUUUAAAAGUUGGUUUACCUUGCAUCAGUUUGUAUGUGUGUUUUUCUUUCUUUCUUUUUUAAAGAAUUCAGUAUAUUACAAGUUUUUUUUUAUUUUUGUUACAUCACGCUGAUGCAAAACACACCAGAAGGAAAAAAAACAACAUUCAUAGUUUUUAGUUUAGUGCCUAGCAGGUGUUGUUACUACUAGAUGAUAUCAAGAAAUCCAUCUUUUGAGAAGGUAAAGAUUGUCAAUUGCUGUUCUAUUUAUUCUUUGCCAGUCUGAGUAGGUUUAAUGAUUUAGUGUGAAAAAUGUAUUUGUGUGUGACUUGUAUGCUAUUUAUUAAAUUUUAUAUACAUUGCUGAAUGUCAUUUUAAAGCAUGUUUAAAGUCUUGUGAAUUUCUUGUUGUGUUAUGCUGUCAGACAAAAAUGACAACUGUUUUAAGAUGUAUCAAAUUAAAACAAGUAUUAUGUA